AUGGCUCUAUUACUAGAUAAUCCAAAUAAUGCUAUCCUACCGGAUUUUAGAACAGCAGAACAUGAAGCAGCGAGGACCCGCCUCACAGCCAAAAGUGUAGCAGAUGACACUCAAGCAGCCGAAAUUCUUGCCACAUUAUGGACAAUGAACAAUAACACAGCGAGAGAAGUAUGGGCAGAACAGAUUGAAAUCAUGACCAGAGCAACGAACCUAGCCCGGCGUCAAGCAGCUGAGGAAGAAGAAGACCAUCAACGGAUCUUAGGAGAAGAGCAAGAAGCAGCCCGCAAAGAGGAACAGAAAAAGAACAAGGCAAAGUUCAUGCCCAUAAGCGCAGAGAAUAUUCCUUAUCUCCCAGUCAUCAUUCCCUCCCACUACGCUGUACAAAAACUAAAGUCAGGUGACUACUGUGAACUACAUUAUUUCACCAAUAAAGGGCUGCACGAAGCGAAGACGAACCUCACCUCCACAGAACAAGAUGGUAUGAUCAUGAUGCCAGCCAUAGAUGGCCAGCAAUUGUGGGUUAAUGCAGGUGCAAUCCGCGACCCCAAAUCAGCUAUUACCAAAGACAAGAACCUCUUGUGGGAGGAGUUCAACGAAGCAGCACUGCACAUGAUCACCGCCAUGAAACAACACAAAUGGCCAGAAGACUGCAUCAACAUGCACAUACAAUUCUGGAUGGCCCUCCAAAACCAUCAUUGGAGGCACGCCUUCGACAAAUUGAAACAGUGA